AUGGGGAGCCGCAACAUCGAGUGCCGUAAAUUUUCGCCGAACAUCUUCAACAAGAGCAAAUGCACGCACUGCUUCCGCCAGCGUGAGGAGCACAGUGCAGCCGCCCUGGAAUGCAAUCGGGCGACGCGAAAGGUGUCAAAACGUGGCUAUUUAUUCGUCGCACCCGACUGGGACUUCAGCAACCCGCUCAACAGAACAAAGCGAUGGCAGCGAAGGUGGUUCGUGCUGUACGACGAUGGCGAGCUCACUUACUCGGUGGACGAACACCCCGAGACGAUCCCGCAGGCCAUAAUCGACAUGACGAAGGUGCUGGAGGUGACCACGGCCGACAACAUCACCAGCCACCCGCACUCGAUCGCGAUCACCGCGCCUGAGCGGGUCACCUUCGUGAAGGGCACCUGCCCGGAGGAAACCAAAUGGUGGUUCAACGUGCUGGUUGCCUUUCCCAAAUCCAAGGGCCGACAUAAGCGGAAUGCGACCUUCCCCGGUGGACAGGCGACCACGAUCCUGCAAGCUCAGAUGUACAGCGAGUCGCAGCCUCCGAUUACGGCCAAAAGCAGUACUCCCUCUGGAAGGGACAAAUUGGCGCUGCAGCUCGACACCGGCAAGGUCCAGCCGAGGCUUCGAACUCGCCAUCGCUCGUCGGUCGACGUUAGUGACUCAGGUGAGCAAGACGACAUUGACUCCGGUAUCGAUUCGCACAUCGAAUCGGGCGCAGCGUCCAAGUGCCUGCUCCUGGAUGGUGGCGUCGGUGGCUCAGAGUUGCGCUCGCGCGACGAACCAAAGCUGAAGGAUAUCGCCAACACGAUCACGAACGUCAACCGGUGGAGCAGCCCCUGCAUCACGGACAGCCUUUCACUCGGUGCCGGUGACCACCUCGAGAAACCGACGAGCCCGCGGGACGAAAACACUAUUCCACCGCAAUACACCAAUGGUGGUGGCGGUGGGAACGGGACUGGUGGAGGAAGCAUGGUGGGUGGUGGAACUGGCGGUAGUGUGGGAUGUGGGGGACCGGGUGGAGGUGGCACGCCGUUACAGAUGCGUCCCCACUCGCUUACGAUACCCUCAAGCGCGCCCGCCAUUGUGUCGGCCAUUGUGAAGAAAAUCCCGACGUCGGCAGGUGGAAAGGGUCCUGGCGGAGGGCCAGGAGUGCCGAUUGGGCCACUGCACCUGCCCACCACCAUUGCUGCUAGUCCAAAGCUGAUGAAGCCUAGUCAGACGCACGAACGCGGCGAUCCGGAUGGUGAUUGUGGCCGGGACGAGGCUCCUGCGAGUUAUCUCGGCAAAAACUCGGAACAUCGCGUCGCGGCUGAGGCGGAACUGCUGCAGGCGAAGAAGGGCUGGUUGCUGAAACAGGACGGGCGAGCGGGUGACUGGAGCAAGCAUUGGUUCACGUUGCGCGGGGCCGCCCUCUUCUACUACCGGGAUCCGGUUGCGGAGGAAAAAGGCGUGCUUGAUGGCGUGCUGGACGUGAACAGCAUCACCGGGAUUGCUGAGGUGCCGGUUAACAAAGGCUACGGCUUUCAGCUCACGACCUGGGACAACCACCGGAUCGUGUUGUCGGCGGUGACGAUCAACGUGCGCAACAACUGGAUAAAUGUGCUGAAGAACGCGGCCGGACUACCACCGACAAAGGCCAGUCUCGAGCUGAGCAACCAGAAUGACGACAACUUCAAAACGUUGCCGGACAAAGCGCCUCCAUCACCGGUAACACCCGAGAUCGAGCUCUUCGGCGAAGCGGUCGAGCAGAAGCUGAAGGUGAAACGUAGCAAACUGCUCGAAAAGAACAACAACAACAAUAGCAGUAGCAAUAAUAACAACAACAACAGCAGCAGCAACGGUCACCUCCUGAUCGAAGGGAUCGUACCGCUGGCGGCAAGCCCGACCGCGGGCGAGGAUGUCGUGGAUAAGGCCGCCCCUAAAGGGGACGUGAUUGUGCACCUGACGGCGGCCGGCACCGGGGACAGUACCACCACCAAUAGCAGUAAUAGUAGUAGCGCCCAUAGCAGUAACACUAGUUGUAGUCAGCCUCAACCAAAGCCGAUGGUGCAGUCGCCCGUCACGCCGCUCACACCCAAAUCGCUGCUGUUCUCGUCGGACGAGGAGUACCGGACGGCGUCGGAGGGUGGCCGACGGGACAGCGUCGGAGACUGGGGGUCACCCGUGUCUCCUUCGCCACCAGCGGGACCGCUCGGUGGUGCGCCAGCACGUACCAAAGAUAGAUUAAGAACGUCUCCGGCCGCGGUGCAAAGCCAGCAGCGAAUGCACAAGCGCAGCCGUUCAUCACCGCCGAGCUCGCGGCGCAGUACCAUCGAUGGUGUGCUGCCGGCGGUGGCCCAAGAUAAGGACACGAAGGGCCAACAACUCCCGCCCGUACCAAUCAACACCGUGCAGGAGGAGGAAGGUAGUGGGCUGGAGAAGGAACUGCAGCUGCGACUGCAGGCGGCCGAAAAGGAGCUGUCGAUGUUGCGCGAGGAAACACACGAACGGGAAGCGCGUAUGUCCGAGCUGCUGACCACUCUCGAGCGCACCGAGCAGGAAUUGACGCGUAAGCGCGAACUGGAGGAAACCCGCGAGAAGCUGAUGGCGCAGUUGCAGGAUAGUAGGGCCGCUGGGCAGGAGAUCAUCGAUCGAAUCACGCAUGAACUUGCCCGCAGCCGGGAUACGACCAAGGAGCUCGAAGAGCGGCUGGCACGUGGUAUCGAGGAGAAUGAAUCGCUUUACCGUCGGCUACAGGAAGGCGGCGGAGGACUCGGUACCGUGGCCAGCCCAGCAUCGAGCCUUUGCAGCUUACCGGUGGCACGUAGCGGCCGUAUCAAGCGCAUGGACUCGUUCAGCGAUCUCACCUGCCUGGUCACGAUCGAUCCGGCCCAACUCGACCGGGACAUGCUGGCGGACGAAUACCGGGAACUGCGGGCGCGAUUCGAGCGUGCCGUGAGCGAGCUGAAGGCGAUGAAACGCGAGCUGAAGGAUGCGCACGGGUUGUAUGAUGACCUGGAAAUCGCGUACGCGACGUUGCGGAAAGAGCUGGACAGACAGGCGGCCGAACACGGUGCCCAAUCGCGCAUGAUGGCCGACCGCAUUCAGGACAUGACGAACAAGUACACGGCGGCCGAGAAGCAAGUGCGACUACUGAAACAGAAGGCGAUCCGAUCCGAGAAGCGCCGCUCGCUAUCACUCAAAGGCAAGGAAUCGCUCUCGAUCCAGAAGGAGCUGGAGGAGAAGGUGACCGAGCUGGAAAGCAAGAUCGACGCGCUUGAGAGUGGCGGUGGGUUGCCAGUGCUUCCGGCUUCCAGCCAGAAAGCGACCGUUGAAUUGGCAGCGCCUGAAAUCACGCAACCCGCACAACGGCGUUCCUCGACGAGACUGCGCCGGAAGAGCCUGGAUAGUGCAUCGCUUUCGGCACAACCGAUGCAGGUGUUAUUGCGGCUAAACAACCUCGAAAAACGCGUGGAGAACGUACAAUCACUUCCGCCGGCAAAACCAGACGUCAGUGAGUGUGAAACGGCGAGCACGGUCAGCUCGGGUGCGAAACCCGUCCCGGAACACCUGCUCGACCGGUUGAAGAGCCUCGAGGGUGUGGUGGUUUCGGUGCGCGAACUGAUCGACCAGAGUGCCCAGCAGUUCCAGAGCUUGCGCUCGUCACGUUCACGCCGCUCCGUAUCACCCGCCGCCGACCGGAAGGACUCGUACAAGUUCAUCGAGCGCUGUCUGGCGGAGGUGUCGAAGCUGCUGCGAGAAAGUUGCGAUAAUUGUAUCGUGCCAGUCGAUGGCAGCGGUUACGGAAGCGUCAUUGUGUUGCCCGAGUCCAACCCGAUCAAACUGGCACUGAAUCAGCUCGAAGCGCAACUGAAGAGCAAACUUUCGGACCUGCUAAAGCAGCGCCGGAUGCUGCGCGAAACGAACGGCUUAACGCAACGCAAGGACAUGGAACUGCUCGCUGAACGGAUCGCAUUCGAGAGUGUGUGCUUUGGACGGUUGCGACACGCGCUGGAACGUGCAGAAAACUUGCAGGAGUUUGAAGAGCGUCAGACCAAGGUGGAGGUUUGCGAAACCAUUCAGCUGAUGUCGAUGCUCAAGGCAAAGCUGUCGGGCAAAUGCGUGGUGCGACCGAGCAGCAGUGCAGAUGUCCUAGCGAGUGUCCUGGCCCGCAAGCUCAUGCUAUCGGCGGGCCGCACGAGCACGAUCCGAUCGCUGGCUUUCCCACCCAUCGGAACCGCCUUGUUGGACGACCUGUUGCGUCAACAGAACGAGGUUCACCUCAUCGCAAAGCGCUACAAGACGACCGUAAUGGAGAACCUUGCGUACGGACUGGCAGCCGAAACGCUCAGCUACAUUUCGUCCUCUCACGAGACCGUCCAAGGUGCCGUGCAGGAAGCUUGGCGUCAAGCGCAAGAAGCAGUCAACGCUGAGCUGGUGCAAUCCGAGAUCGCGCACAUCAUGAUGCGGAACGCCCAAAGGUACGAAAGCUCGCUGGCACCCGCCUUUGGGUACGCUCUGUCGACGCAAGAACGCAUCACGUUUGAGACGUUUGCGGAUGCAGUACAUGAGGCGUUGCGUCGUGAGAUGGAUGCGGCCGUCCGGCAGUUGACCGAGUGCUACGAGGAAACGCUGGAGAAGAUGAAACGGGGUCAGUGGCGAUUGCAUCUGGAACAGGAGCGCAAGCCGAGCGAAGGUCGUCAACUGCUGGCGGAGUUUGCGGACAUUGUAGCGCAUAAAGCGCUGAUCGACGCACGCGUUCAAGUCCUGAAGGGUGAUUAUGUGCCGAACCGGCAAAAGCUGGUCCAGCAGGACACUGGCGACUCGUCAGAGCGCGUGUUCAGCGUGGCCGUGCUCAAGCAGUAUGAAAACUUGUACACGGACCUCACGGCCGACCUAGAAGUGGCGAAUGCCGACGAUAUCCUGGCCGAAGCGGACUUUAACUUUAUGUACAAGUACUUCGCCAGCGAGCACUCGCUUAGUAAAGCCGAAGUGAAGGAGGUGUCGGCGAUACUGAACGAACUGGAACGGUCAGUGGUGGCGUUGCAGGCUACGUUGCGACCGGAGAACGGCAAUCCGAGUGCGGCCAGUGCUGCCAUCGAUGUUGACAGCCUCCGCAGCAUCCAUACGCGAUGUGUGGAAAUUCAGCAGAGAAUUGAUUCGUUGAUCAGCGCCGCUAGGCAGUUGCAGGCACGUGGAGAACAGUGUAGUCGACUGCAGGAUCGAUUGCACCAGCUAACGCAGGAGCAUGAGCGCGAGCUGGGCGCGAUGCGCCAACAACACGAAGAGAAGCUGACGAACCUGCAGCGCCGGAUCGACGAGCAGCAGCAGCGCAUCCAAGCGAUUGAUGGCGAACGUGCUGAGGUGCUCGAACGACUAAACAACGAGCGCAAUCUGCUUAAGCAAAAGGAGAAAGAGCUGCACGAGCUGUCGGUUCGGUUGACGCGCGUCGAUGCUGCGAGCAGCGAGAAGGACAAAGAGAUCGAGGACCUGCUCGACAGCUACGAUCAGGAGUGCAAGAAGGUGCGUACGCUGAAGGACCGCUGCGAGGAGCUGGCGGAUAGUUGCCGAAAGACGGCGGCCGAGUAUGCCGAGCUGGAGAAGGAACGGGACUACUUGUACGAGCAAAUGCGCAAGGAGCAGGAUCACGUGAAGAAGCUGGAGAAGCACCUGGAGUUGCUGGAGACGGAGCACGCGCAGCAAGUGGAUAACCUGCACGCCGCUUACCGGGAGCAGCAAAUGGCGAACGAGCUGGAUUCACAGAAGGACAAAGACGACGAGGACAGCCUGCGAUCGCGCUAUCAGGCAGAAAUUGAGCAGCUACGGGCCCUCUGUGAGAAGGGGUUGGCCGCGAUGGAAGCAUCCCACAAGCGCAUCAUUCAUGAUCUCGAAGAGAAACACCAGCAGGAGAUCACGAAGCUCAUUCUGGAGAAGGAACAGGCGCUGGCCGAAGAAACACAGGCCACACUGGCAGCACUCGACGCCAUGAAGAAAGCUCACCAGAAUGAGGUACAGCGAGAGGUGACGCGUUUCAAGCAGGAGUUCCUCAAACAGUUCCAGAAGGGCGGCCAACCUCCGCAAACAUACCGCGAGAAAGAGCAAGAACUUGAAGACGUUCGGCAGGAGAUUCUAUCCCUUUCGGAAAAGUACUCACUAAAGUGCGUCGAGACGGCUUCGCUCGAGGAGAAGCUCCGGAAUGCGACACAGCAAUUGAAAUGCUCCCAACAGCACAUACAGCAGCUUGACGUGAGAAACAAACAGCUUCGAGCGCACUUUGUUCCGAACCAACCAGAAGAGAUGACUUCUGCACCGCCGACCAGCAGUCCCGUUACGCCAAAGGAUACUAAUCUGUUCACCAGCAGCACGCACGAUGGUGGUGCGCUCAGCCUCGGGUGCACGCCUCCCAGGGUCACCGCCACCACGAAGCGGACAGCAGUCACCGGAAAUGGCACGCCUUCCGGGACACCGACGUCGGGCGGCAUUGGCAAUAGUGGACCGUCGGCUCACGUCGAAGGCGUCAACCCGCUCGAGCUGCUCGAGCUCCGCGAGUGCCAGCUGAACCUGCUGAACAAUAAGAAAGAGUCUCAUCCACGGUUGAAGUUCACCGAAGGAGCCAAACUAGGUGUAGCACCGAUCUUCUCUACCUCUAGCUCGACCGGCGUCACCGGCGGCAGCUGCGGUGGUCCGCAAGGAAUCAUCGAUUCCGUCAACCUGGCGAGCAGCACCAAUAACAAUCGCGCCAAAGUACUCAGCUCGAAGCAGCUCAAUAUGCACCUUAUCAGCGGUAGUCCAGGAGGGCUCCUACCCCUCUCCUCAUCUGGACCUACCGCCCCGCCCACACCCCAUCCCGUGGCCCUCACGUUGCCCCUGAUCGCGAGCGCCACUCUCAAGAACAGCAAUUUGCUACGAAAUCACGGCCCAAACCCAGCCGGCCCCAGUACCAACAACAACCUGAUCAACCUGAACAACAACAACAAUCACGUACACAACAACAACAACAAUAAUAAUAAUAAUAACAACAACAACGUUAGCCUUAACAAUAACAACAAUAAUAUUAACAAUAAUAAUAAUAAUAAUGAUAACGAUAACAUGCACGAGCUUAAGCCAUCGACAAAACUUUGUUCGCCCCCUCCCUUAGAUGAGAGGGACGUUGAACAGCAAAUUCAUCGAUUCGAGUUGGAAAUCUAA